AUGCCCGCAUCCGACAGAAUCAGCUCCGCCAGUAACAAUGGCAAGACUCUCAGGCCCACCCUUGCUUCCAGCCGAACGAACAAGGCGCCACUCACCCCCAAGUUGGCCUCCGCGCAGCCGUCGUCGUCCGCACGCUCGACCGUCAGCGUCUCCAGCACCGCGUCGCGCACGAGCACCAGGGACGAGCCGCCGUCGCCCUACCUGAGCAAUGUGACGCCGCGCUCAGCUGCGCGCAAAUCCCGCGCCAGCAGCACCCAGUCGACGCCAACCGGCACUCCCGAUACCCCCACCGCACCGCGUUUGACCCUCGCCGACACAAUACCGAGGAGCGCCCCUGGAGGCAGGCCCAGGAGUAUUGUGGGCGGCAUCGAUGGUCCGCACAUUGCACCCGUCCUGGCUGCGCCAGGUGGCAGAAAUUCGCGGCCCAGCAGCGAGGUGGGAUACAGCGGAAAAGACUCUUCGUCCAUGUUUUUCCACGCCAGCGAAGCGAAACGUCAUGAGCCCACAUCGAAUCCUAGCGCUGGACCCAAGAAGUCGACAAACUUCUUCUACGCUACCGGACCAAGGGAAGGCGAGAGGAACGCUUCAGCAGGAUUCAAGUCUCCUCCUACACUGGCCGCCGAGAGGACCCGCCCGCCCAACAUCGAGAGCAAGUUCUUCCACGCCAAUACCAUCCCCAACGACCGCAGUAUCAACUCGCCGCUGCACUCACCGCCGAUUCUCUCCGCCACCCCGGACCCGCAUUUCCAUCCGCACUCGGCCGGCAAGGAGGGGCAGCGUCCAGUGUCUCCGAAUAAGGAUGCCGUGCACCUAUCCUACAGGAAAGGGGCCUCGCAGAUUAUUCGGCCAAACGGCCACUCGCGACCGCCAUCCGCAGUGUCGGUAUUCUCCAACACGGACGCCAAAGAUGCGACACCGGGCCACCGAAGAAGGUCGAGCACCGACCACAGCGGGCUGCAACUGGGCCACCACAAGAGCUCGAGCAUGUCAUCGAUUGACUCGGUCUGCUCGAAUCGGAGGAUUUCGGGCCAAGCGGACCACUCACCCAGCCCCUUGCAGGUGGAUAUAACAUCGCCCUCUACAGUAAUGUCUGCAUCGUCGAACGCACAUAAUGAAGGAAGAAAGGAACCUAAUGGAUUGCAAUCUCCGCUCUCACUACCACAGAGCCCGGCAUUGCAGAGUCCCAACGCGUCGGAUGACACCGAGCAGCCGCAGCAACAGCAGCCGCAGAGCGCGCUGCAAAAGAUGAAUGAAUUAGCUGCGAAUGCGAGACGAGAGCGGAAAGUUAUGGAUUUGGAGAUCAGCAACUCCUCUCUACUGGCCAUCAACCGACAACUCGAGCGGGAAGUCCGCAAGCAGAAGGCUGAGCUUAAGAGAUUCCGACGGAUGAGCAGGAAUGGUCGGUUGGGAUCGAACGGCAACAUCAAGUCUUCAGCUUUGGGUUCUCUCACUGAAGGAGAGACGGCCGAGUUCGCCGAUGAGGAAUUCCUGGGUCUGGAAGGCGAGGGCGAGGGCGAGGAGGAGGAAGAGGAUGAGGAGGAUCCGGAAGAGCUCUCGUCCAGUGAAUCCUCACUCGAUGAAAGCUCUCUAAGCCCAAGCGCCCUAGCCGAGAGGGAUGCCAAAUACCGAUUCCAAGACCAAAAACGCCUCCAACUAGACCUGUCCAAGCACAAGGAAAUCCUGAUUGACAGCCAGAAGUUGAACCAGAGCCUAAAACGCUGCCUUACGGUCACGGAAGAUCUGAUUAAAGAAGGGAGGAAGGCACUGGACUACAAGAUCCGCGUAAGCGAUGUCAAGCUGGGUGGACGCAUUCUCAGUCCCGAAGAACAAGAUCAAUCGGAUUCAGAAGAGGAUGAGGAGCCUCAUGGAGGAUCACUCCUGAGCCCCUGGACACGUCCAGAUGCAAGUGCAAGUGCCACUGUCAGAGCAUCUAUGGAAAUCCCAAGAACAGACCGCGACAGCGGCAUCGACAUGCGGGGUCCCAAAGCCCCGACGGAUUACUUCACCGGACAAGGUGAUAGCGAUUAG